GACGGGAACGUGGACACGCGACCGCCAUUUUCUUUUUCAAAUUUUAAUUUUCGAACGCACCCCUGUAAGUACUCGAACGUGUCCUUUGCGGAUUGCUAAAAAAAGUUAAAUGUGAACGUUUCAAAAGUUUAUUUCUGGAUCGGGUUAAUGCAAUGUCAAAUAUGAACGGAAAGGACGAACAACCCAUAGUACCCCCAUCGUCUCUAAUCAGGCGGGUCUCCUCUCGUUCGAUCAGAAGCUCCAUCUCCGAGGAUAAGGAGAAUGGGGAGAACGUGAAAAGUUUCGUUUCGAAAUACAAGAAGACCCCGGAAGCGCUAAAGAGUUUUCACAUGGCGGAUGGGGAGAGCGAGCUUGAGGUGCCUGGGACUCCCAUGACUCCUAGGACAUCCACAACUCCUGGACACGAGAAUUGCACGUUCCACCACGACCUGGAACUGGACCACAGGCCGCCCACCAGAGAGGCCCUGCUACCUGAUAUGGCCAGCUCUUACAGACUGCUGCUCACAGGUUUAGGAGAAGACCCAGACAGGCAGGGCCUGCUGAAGACUCCAGAGAGAGCCGCCAAAGCUAUGCUGUUCUUCACUAAGGGCUACGACCAGAGCCUUGAAGAGGUCCUAAACGAAGCGAUUUUCGACGAGGACACAGACGAGAUGGUGGUAGUGAAGGACAUCGAGAUGUUCUCCAUGUGCGAGCACCAUCUGGUGCCGUUCUACGGGAAGGUCUCCAUCGGGUAUCUGCCGCAGGGCAAGAUCCUUGGACUUAGCAAGCUGGCCAGGAUAGUGGAGAUCUACUGCCGCCGCCUGCAGGUACAGGAGAGACUGACCAAACAGAUCGCUAUCGCCGUCACCCAGGCCGUCCGACCGGCGGGCGUCGCCGUAGUCAUAGAGGGAGUUCACAUGUGCAUGGUGAUGCGUGGGGUCCAGAAGAUCAACAGCAAGACCGUGACCUCCACCAUGCUGGGCGUGUUCCGCGACGACCCCAAGACCAGGGAGGAGUUCCUCAACCUCGUGCACUCCAAGUGAGAACGAUGCCGUCACUGCCGCUCGCUCGAGCCUUCAAGGCUCAAGUCUUAAGCC